UGUGGUGGCGGCGGGGGGCACACGCACGCGGGGCUGCGCCUUCAGGGCACUUCUCAGUCUAUAUAUAUACAGUAUGUAUAUCUGCCGGGUUACUAUAAAUGGAGAGGAGCGCAUUGGUGGUGCAACUACUCCUCAGCGGGGGCUGCUUUAUGUGUCUGCUUUAGCUUAAAAUGCUAUCAUCUGAGCGAAAAUCACAUACAAACCUCCAUAUUUAUAAACGGAGUGAACCGGACUGUGUUGAUCUGUUCUGUACGGCUCCGUGCCGCUCCAGAUAGCCCGCCAGUUAAAGCCUUUAAACAUUUAUGUGCGAGAGCUGCGUCGGAGCUCCCUCCUCUCCGGAGCCCGUUGCCCGUCCCCCCCGCGCUUGGAUCGCGCUUGGAUCAGUCCGCAUCGCAGGGUGUGGAUCCACAGCCGGCCAGAGAGAAGAGCGAUCAGGGACAGAAACCCAGCAUAGCGGCGAAUAUGAGCUAAAGCUGCUCCAGAAAGAAACAUUCGCUGGAGGAAAAACCCCGCAAGAGAGGGAGUGAAGGACGAAAAGAGCGCAGAGUUGGAGCCGGCAGGAUCGGGCAGGAGGACUGUGACAGAGGGGAUAUCCACAGCGGCUGGCGGGGAGCGGACUGCGGAGGGCGGAGGAGAUGGAAGCCGCUCGCCCUUCUUUACCCUGAACCCAGGAACCGGGACGGCGGAGCCCAGGAACCGGGACGGCGGAGCCCAGGAACCGGGACGGCGGAACCGAGUCUCAUUUACGCGGCGAUCAGGAAUAAGUGCAAUAGCGGCCUUUUUGUGAGCAAUAGUUAGCAACGGUAUAUGCUGGGGGUAGUGACGAGAAAUACAAGCGGAAGGAAUCCGGUCCUGUCCGUUUCUAUCUGAAGGAAAAAAACGACCAAAAUAAUUAAAGGAUUAUCUGGAAUAAAGCAUCGUUUCCUGUAUUUUUGUAAAUAUUGUUAAAAUGCAGCACAUCGCUAGUUAAAACAGCCAGUCAAAUAGCUUCGACCAAACCGUAAGAAAGCUACGUUUACAGGCGCAUCUUUAUCAAUGCAAACACAAACGGGGGCUUAUCUCUUUUAGCAUACUCAACCGCAGGUGCAUUAACGUCUACUUUUUCGCUUUUAUGGGGUAAUAUAUCCCUUAACAUGUAAAAAGAAUUCAGCAAGGUUUACUUUGGUGCCUGGGAUUAGUUGCACUACAGCACUUUGCGUAUUGUGUUUUACGUGCGCUGGUUUCCUCUUCCUGCGUGCGAGCGCAGAUCUCCAUAUUUGCGCAGCUCCGUCCGGCCUGGCGGCGCAGCGGCGCAGCGGCGCAGCGGCGCACAGCGGGGAGCUUUCGGAGCGCUGCGGAACGGGAGCGCAGUUGCGGUCUUUUUGUGCACAUGUGUGCGCCUGUGGCAGAAUCGCUGCGUGUCGAAGAGGAAUAUUUUCUGCUCCCCACAACGGUCCUCCCAAUCGAAGGAUUAAGGUUAAAUUGGAAAGUUGCGAGCGAGUUGCUCCCUAUUCAGUUUUGACAGAUUUGCUCCCCUUAGGAUACCUAGACGGAUUGUAAGCGCUGCUGUUGCUAUUUUUAGGAAGAGUGAUGGGGUAAAUGAUGUUGGCUUGAAAGCGAAGCCCUUCUCCCUGCCUACCAACACUUCCAGCUUUAGCUCUGUUUCCUCAGAGACUUUUACAGUUGGGACAGUCGAGCUGCUCUGGGCUCCUUCUCUCCCUCUCCUCCCCCUUCAGCUGGAAGUGGACUUUUAAUCGUCACGGGACAAUGCAUGGAGUUGUACUUAAGGAGCAAACUCAAAUAACCAAAUAAUUUCAUCCAUAUAUACUCAAAAUCAUAUAUCUUACAGAAAAAUAUAUCUACAAAAUAUAUAAUUAAUAGAUUUAAAACGUAUAUUAUAUUUUUACGUCUGAAUUAAGCAUCGUUGCCUGAAACCCAGUCCAUUGCCUUAGAGAUAGAUGCAUAGUGAUAAAGGGAAUCCGCAGGACAGAAGUGGACCUUUUUGGAAACAAGUUUCUGGUGCCUUUUUCUUUUAGCAGUUCCCUCUGUCUCAUCUGCUUCAGGACCGUCUGUCAGCAGGAAACCCAAAUGAAAUGAUCUGCCUUUGCGGGUUUGCCGUGUCCAUGCGUCUCUGGAUGAAUGUUGCUGGAUUGCUGAGUUUCUGAAGGUUUCUCACCUGGAUUAUCCUCUCUCCAUGCCUGCUUUAUUUUUCUUCAAGUAAUCUUUGGUUUCACCGCUGGUCAUUUUAAGUCCGAACGAUUUUGGGAUACGGCAGCCCAACCCCAGAAUUUCCGAUGGUGAUCACUUCGACAGUGGAGGAGAAGCCGCAGCCUUCCAACAGAAUGGUCGCGAACUUACCGACCGAACCCUGGAUCGGCACCCCGGAUCAGAGCCGCUACCUGCCACAGACGCACCUGCUCCGCAAGCCGUCCAAAAGUGGAAGCAGCUCAGGAUGCCAGGCCCCGUCGUCCUCCCUCUGCCAGCCUGCCGCCUUGGGCUUCUCCCCCGCUGAGCCAAGCAUGUCGAGCCAGCACUCACACCCCUCCUUCAGCAACAUCCACUCCAUGGCCGAGCAGCAGCAGGUGCUGUCAGAUAUGACCAUACUGCAGAGGAGGAUCCCCCCGAGCUUUCGGGACCCGGCCAGCGCUCCGCUGCGGAAGCUUUCCGUUGAUCUCAUCAAGACUUACAAGCACAUCAAUGAGGUGUACUACACAAAGAAGAAGCGGCGAGCCCAGCAGGUGCCCCCGGAGGACUCCAGCACCAAGAAGGAGCGCAAGGUGUACAACGACGGCUACGACGAUGACAACUAUGACUACAUCGUGAAAAACGGGGAGAAGUGGCUGGACCGCUACGAGAUCGACUCUCUCAUUGGAAAGGGCUCCUUCGGACAGGUGGUGAAAGCUUACGACCACCAUGAGCAGGAGUGGGUGGCCAUCAAGAUCAUCAAGAACAAGAAAGCCUUCCUGAACCAGGCCCAGAUUGAGCUGCGCCUCCUGGAGCUCAUGAACAAACACGACACCGAAAUGAAGUACUACAUCGUCCACUUGAAGAGGCACUUCAUGUUCCGGAACCAUCUGUGCCUGGUGUUUGAGCUUCUCUCCUACAACCUGUAUGACCUCCUGCGUAACACCAACUUCCGGGGCGUGUCGCUCAAUCUGACGCGCAAGUUUGCGCAGCAGCUGUGCACGGCGCUGCUCUUCCUGGCCACGCCCGAGCUCAGCAUCAUCCACUGCGACCUGAAGCCCGAGAAUAUCCUGCUGUGUAACCCCAAGCGCAGCGCCAUCAAGAUCGUCGACUUCGGCAGCUCCUGCCAGCUGGGCCAGAGGAUCUACCAGUACAUCCAGAGCCGCUUCUACCGCUCCCCGGAGGUGCUGCUCGGCAUGCCGUACGACCUGGCCAUCGACAUGUGGUCCCUGGGCUGCAUCCUGGUGGAGAUGCACACGGGAGAGCCGCUCUUCAGCGGAUCCAACGAGGUGGAUCAGAUGAAUAAGAUCGUGGAGGUUCUUGGGGUCCCACCGAACCACAUGCUGGAUCAGGCCCCCAAAGCUCGCAAAUACUUCGACAAGCUGUCAGACGGCCUCUGGACCGUCAAGAAGAACAAGGACAUAAAGAAGGUACUUUAUCCCUCGGCCUCCGAGUACAAGCCUCCCGCCACUCGCAGGCUCCACGAGAUCCUGGGUGUGGAGACGGGCGGGCCCGGGGGGCGGCGUGCCGGAGAGCAGGGCCACGCCCCCUGCGACUACCUGAAGUUCAAGGACUUGAUCCUGCGCAUGCUGGACUACGACCCCAAGACCCGCAUCACGCCAUUCUACGCCCUGCAGCACAACUUCUUCAAGAAGACCACUGACGAAGGAACCAACACCAGCAGCUCCACCUCCACCAGCCCAGCCAUGGAUCACAGCCACUCCACCUCCACCACCAGCUCCGUCUCCAGCUCGGGUGGGUCCAGCGGUUCUUCCAACGACAACCGGAAUUACCGGUACAGCAACCGCUACUACAACAGUGCGGUCACUCACACUGACUACGAGAUGCAGAGCCCUCAGGCUCCCUCUCAGCAGCAGCUGCGGCUGUGGCCCGGGGGAGAUGGAGGCGUGGGCCCCCUGUCCAACAGCGCCGAGCCGCCGUACCCCCAGCUGCUGCUGCACAAGCCGGCCGCCACGCAGCACUCGCGCCACUUCCUGUCCGGCGUGGGGGGCAUGAUGGAGCCGCACCACCCCCACCCCAUCUACAGCGCUCACCACAGCAACGGCAGGCAGCUCCGCCAGCAGCAGCAGCAGAACCAGCCGCAGAGCGCAGCGCAGAACCCGGCACCGUCGGGCCAGACGGGCCCCGCCCUGCUGCCCAUCUCCUCCCCACAGAUGCAGGACAGCAUCGAGCUCAGCCUCACCCACCACCACCACCUGAGUCAGUCUUCCAUGGCCCCGCCCGCGAGCUUGGACUCCAGUCAGUACGGCUCCUCCAGCCUGCACCUGGGCCUCUCCGCCUUUCGGACUAGGACAGUGAUGGCCCCCCAGCCCCCGCCCCCGCCCCCGCCCACCGCCUCCCAGCAGCCCCCCUCUCAGGACAGCAUGGUGGCUGCCUCCGGCCUCGGGUACAUCCCGCCCUGUUACCCGGGCAACAACAAUAACAACCCUCCCCAGGGGAGCGUGGGGGUGGGGGGCAGUAUGCUAACAGGGGUGACGCCCAGGGGCGUGGGGGGCGGGGGGCGGCCGGACUCGGAGGAGUCGGCCAUGAUGGGGGUGUGCGGCACUGGAGGGGGGGGCGCUCAAAACGCGGCCAACUCUUGAUAAAUCUUGAACAAAUUCCAAAAGCCAUACAAUUCUACAGCAACACAACCACAACUGACAGUACACACGCUGACAAUACACACACACACACACUG